GUGAUCAAGUCAUGAUGGCUUGUAAUUAAGCUACUAUUAAUUUUCAGUUCUGUGAUCAGUUCCACUUUAUCUGUUAGGAUAAGCUCUAAUAAAGAAUUUCUGUCAGUUGGUUGUGAGUUGGAAAUUGUCUAUAGUGUUUAUCAACUAGUAUCUCAUUAUGUGUUCAACCUGCUAGUCAUUGGUUUAUAAGCUGUUAGGGUAAUUUUCUUUUGAGUUAUCAUCGACACAAAACAGGUGUUGCUAUUUUUUAUAUAGAGGGCCACUCUACUGUGUGAAUCAUCCCACCAUGUUUCAGUAAUAUGUUAUUGUAAAUCAAAUUUAUGCUCAUAAAUGAGCAAAUUGAAUUUUUGUUUGCUGCCCAGGCUCCUAGCAUUGGUGUAUAAAAUAAUUCAUUUUUUUUCACAUCUGUAAGUCCUUGAUAAAGUUGGUUCUAAACAUCUUUAUUUUAAGCAGAGUUCUAGCUUUCCUUUUUUACCCCCCCCCCCAUUUGUUAUUACUUUAACUCCCUUCUGACUAACAUUUUGUGUUCAUGCUUUAUAUGCUUGCUUUUGUAUAGUGAGUGUAGGUGCAUAUCACUUAGUUGAAGAGGUUGGAACUCAAUUGUGCAUGUUUCAGUUUUGAAUGUAAGUGCUUUUCAGUGUUCUCACCUUAUUGUGCUUUUUCCUUAAGCUAUUUCAUAAGCAUGGGGUAUGUGUUGAGAGAGAGUGAGACUGUGGAUCUGACCUGGAAUCCUUGGGGAAUAGCUGUUCAGGAGAGCUAGAAUAGAUUGAACUGAAUGCAUUCCAGGUUGCACAACUCUGAGCUAAUCUCCCAGAGGCAGAGACAUUACUCACCAAUCAAGAAUGUACAUGUACUUUUCCUAAUGAGAACAAAACAUUUUAUCCUGCUCAUUAGAAGAAAGAGUGCACAGUUACUAUGCCACAAGACUCCUCUUUCUUGAGGAUCCAGUUGGGGAUGACUUCUGUAUGCUUGGUUGUUCAGCUUGAGGUACAAUAAGAGAAUCAAUAAGAGAAAUGAAGGUGUCUCAACACCGCUCAGAGUCCAAAUGGCACCUCAGUAAAACCUCCAAUCCACUCUGUCCCUGCGCACUAGAGAGAGAACCUGAGCAGCUGCCAACAUAACAUGACCCAACAAGUUCUUUUUAUUUUGCUGAAGCCACUUCCCUGCCUGCACAGCCAUUCACCAGGAGAUAACAAGGACAGAAUGUUUACCAUGUCUCUGGGAUCUUUCCUUCUUCCUGCUCUCUGUUUCCUGGGGGCAGUAACGCCAAGGGGACUGCUGCAGUAUGUCACCUUUUCACACAACACCACAAAAUUCCUUCACCUGACUAUAGACUCUGAGUCUGGGACUCUUUAUUUGGGGGCCAUCAACUUUCUUUUCCAACUGACAUCAAACCUGAUGAUGGAGAGUACAGUUCAAACUGGGCCAGUUCUGGACAGUAAAGAUUGCCUGCCCCCUGUCUCAAAGCUGGAAUGUCCCCAGGCACACAGCACUGACAAUCACAACAAGCUAUUACUAGUGAACUCUCUGCAGGAGGAGCUCAUUGUAUGUGGCAGUGUGUACCAGGGGAUCUGUGAAAAAAGGAGCCUCACGUCCAUCGACCAUGUUCUCUUCCGACCAGAGAGCCCUGGAGAUACUCAGUAUGUGGCUGCAAAUGACCCAGAUAUCACUACUGUGGGACUAGUAAGCCACUCAAAAGAUGAUGUGCCCCUGCUGUUUGUGGGACGAGGGUAUACCAGCAGAGGGGUGGGAGGGGGAAUACCUCCUAUCACCACCCGAAAUCUCAGGGCCUAUGGGGGGGAUGUGCAAGGGACCGAUUCUCACUCCAUCUUCUCCUAUGAAGAAACAGCUAAGCUGGCUGUGGGUCGGCUCUCCGAGUAUAACCACCAUUUCAUCAAAUCCUUUACCCACCGCUCCAGCGUUUACUUCCUGUUUUAUCGCCGGGAUCUCAAGUCCCAGUCACGGGAGUACAAGACCUAUAUCUCACGGAUCUGCCUGGAUGACUCUCACUAUUACUCCUAUGUGGAAUUACCAUUACUCUGUAGGAGCAAAGAGAAAACAUACAGCCUACUGCAAGCUGCUUAUGUCACCCAACCAGGAAGUGAUCUGGGAAGAGGGAGAUCCAGUACCCAAGGAGAGGUGUUGUUCACUGCCUUUUCUGCCUGGCAGGCUUCAUCUGGCAAACCGAGUGAGGAGUCUGCACUCUGUGUCUAUACAAUGGAGGACGUGGACCGCAUGACCACUUGGACCAGGGAUGUUUGUUAUACGAAGGAUGGGAAAUCAGAGGCGGGGAUAGAAGAAGCAUAUAUUGAAUAUGAUGUCAGUUCCAACUGUGUCCAGCUGCCAGCGGACACACUGGACGCAUAUCCCUGUGGCUCAGACCACACCCCCAGUCCCAUGGCCAGUCGGGUGCCUCUUGAAACAGCCCCCAUCCUGGAGAAGAGGGAGGCCCGUCUGACUGCUGUGGCUGUGAAUGUGGAAGAUGGCCACACCAUUGCUUUUCUGGGGGACAGCAGAGGCCAACUGCACAAGGUGUACUUAGGAGCAAUGGGAGAUACUAAGACAUAUGCUUCUCUAGUCAUCCACUUGAACAGCGUGGUGAGCGGAGACCUGCUAUUUGACCAGUCACAGCAGCACCUGUACGUCAUGACCCAGUCAAUGGUGGUAAAGGUUCCCAUAUUAGAAUGUUCACAGUACUUGGAUUGUGAAUCGUGUUUGACACUGAAAGACCCAUAUUGUGGCUGGUGUGUUCUCCAGGGACGGUGCAGUCGUCGUUCUGAAUGCUCCAGGUCCAUAGCGAAUAAGCAGUGGCUUUGGAGCUUUAAUUCUACACAACAGUGUGUGUCCAUCCAGUCACUAAGCCCAGCUAAUAUCAGCAGAGAAGAAAAGAGAAAUAUUUUCCUGACGGUCUUGGAUUUACCACCCUUGCAUGAGGAAGAAUCCUAUUCAUGCUUCUUCGAAGACUACGAGAGUCCUGCAGCACUGACAGAAUCCGGCAUUGUGUGUCCCUCCCCAGAUCCCAGCCAAGCACCAGCUUUGAGAGCAGGAACAGAGCACAUCACCAUAAAGCUAGUCGUGCGUUUCCAUGAUGUCUUCAUUGCUUCAGUGGAUUUCUCUUUCUAUGACUGUCCUACAGUGGCCUUGCAGAGGAAGUCAGCACCGUGUCAGGGAUGUGUGAGCAGUCACUGGGGAUGUAACUGGUGCGUCCACCAACACCUCUGCACCCACAAAGCCACCUGUGAAGAGGGAACCAUUAUCUACAACGAGAGGACACAGAUUCCAACCUCAAGUCCAUUACUUUCUUCAGCUGCUUCCACCACCAUGACCUCCCCCAGCACUUGGACUGUGGCCACCAAACCCAUCACUCCCCCAGUCACUCAGCUUAACCACACUCCCAUCACAGAGUCAGUCUCCACCACUUUGCCUGCAGUCUCUGCCAUGACUGCUCAUCCCACAGGGACCUUUAGCCACACGCACCCAGCAACUCCCACUACAGCCACUCUCACCUUUCUCGGCACCACCACCGAUUCCACAGUGCUGCCCCUAACAGACAAGCCUGCUACUACCAACCUUGCCGCAGACCCCACUGCAGUGUCUGUCACUACCAGUCUAGCAGAGACUGCACACCAUACAGCUCUGCCUGCCUCUGAACCAACCCUGGCCCCAGAAGUGUGGUUCACUGACCCGCUCACCACUGCUGCCUUCAAUACUUUGCAGCCAGUUGUGACAGCAUUAACCUCUCCACCCGAUAUCACAGAUUCCACGUGGUCUCCCACUACUUUGUUACCAGACUCUGAGGCAACCUCCUCUGCCACCCCAUCUCUUUUCACUACUAAUCAAACUCCAAGUGCCUCCGCCUCCUCUGCUGAUUUCCCAGGACACCUAGAGACAGAACUGCCCGCCUCUGAGGUCCCACCUUCAGUCCUGCCUGACUGGCUGCUUGGGGAAGGCACAGAGCUCAAGGACAUAGAGGACUGGAUGGAUGAGAAUGAUUCGUCACCCUUCUAUGCUUCCACUCUUCUCUCAGGCGAUGGAGACUCUUUGGAGAGGGAUGCCCCUGAUUUGCCCAGGAUCCUGCACCCUGGCGUAGAUUUUCAGUAUGAUGCCCCUGGAUUUUUGGAGUUGACUGAGGAGUUUAACUUGGGUCCUGGAGCUUGUCCCUGUGUGCAGGGCAUUCAAGGACCCUCCCUGAUUCCAGUCAAUGUGGAACAGAAGAUAACCCUACUGGGGAAAAACUUCCAUCUGUUUCAGGAUCAGCAAUGGGAUUACGAGUGUGUCCUGAUUUUAGAGGGGAGGACAGUAGUAAUGGAUGCUUAUGUUGAGGGGGAUGAAGCAAACCGAUCUCUCUGCUACAUCACGUGUCAGCUACACCAAUAUAGUUACUUGGCAUCUCAACUUGAAUUCAAUGCUGUGGUGUUUGUACAGAGAAAACAACACCUCCGAGUGGACAGCGCUGUGGAUCUCUAUGUAACUCUGUAUAACUGCUCUAUGGGACACGUGGAUUGCAGCCGCUGCCAAACGGCUGACUCCAAGUAUAACUGUGUGUGGUGUGGAGGGGAGCAGUCCAGCUGCAUCUUCCGAGGAUCCUGCACAGAAGAGAUAGCUGACAUAUGCCCUGCACCCCUUAUUUAUUCAGUUUAUCCCCUCUCUGGACCAGUUGAAGGUGGCACUAGACUCACUAUUGCUGGCUCAAACCUUGGCCAGAAACAUCAAGACAUUGCAGAAACUGUUACGGUUGCAGGAAUUCCUUGUGCUGUAGAUGCUCAAGAAUAUGAAAUCUCCAGCAGGUAGAGUAUUGUGAAAUUCCCCCAGGGAAUGAAACAUCAGGUUUCCCACUGGGCAACUCACAUCAGAAUGGGGUGAUUUCCCACCCCUGCUCUAGCCACUGUAACUGGAAUCGAAACCUUUUGCCCUGAGCACUGAGCUGCCUUUUGCCCCUUCCCAAGGGCAGUGACGCUCACGUGCAGCAAUUUUUCCCACCUUCUUACCACUCGGGCAUUGAAUUUGAACGGAAGCUAAGUUUAAUUUUCAAGAGCCUAGCCACUAGCAUUCUUCAUUCCCAACAAAAACAACGAAUGUGAUACAAUCUUGAUAAAUAUAUCAGGUUAGAAAAAAAAACCCUGUGAAAAACAGGAGGGGAUUAGAGGGAAAUAUUCAAUAAAAGGCAAAAUGCCUUUCUUGGCAUCAGCUGAAUUUUAGGAGGCAGAGAAGCUAAGACCGGUGUGAAUGGGAAGUGAGCUUGUCUGUAGCAAAGCCCUUCAUCGCCUGACGAGCUGAGAUGAACUGCCUUUGGGCAGGGGGCUGGACUCGAUGAUCUCCUUAGGUCUCUUCCAGCCCUAGGAUUCUAUGAGGCACUGGGAUUCCUUAUGGAAGAGGGUGCCAGGGUACAGCCUGACUGGAUGAGUUUUCAAGAAAUCUUCUGAGGUGCAGCCAGGGCCUACUUCUAAGGGCUUUGAAGACCUGUAAGCCCAAGGUUAAUCCAUCACUUUACAGGCAUCAGAGAUAAAAGACCUCUGAGGAGGUUUAAGUUUGGUCACGUGCUCAAACCAGCGAGCAGAUCAUGCUGCCCAUUCUGAACAAUCUGUCAUUGCAAGAGGAGUGCUGUGCCUGCUACAUGCAAUUGCAGUAACUGAGCCAUGUGACCUCAAGCUCACUUGCAAGGUAACCACAUGAUAGAAAAGGGUGUUGCUUGUACAAGUUUCAAAACUGAAACUUGUCUCCUAUGCCACAGCCAACAGGUAGCUUAAUAUGGGAAUAGUGUUGAUGAAGGGGACACCGUGAGCCUUAUUCCAGCUCACAACCUCCAAAUAAUGACCAGCAAAACCAGGGUGAAAUUGAGGCAGCUUUUAGAUGGCAAAAUCUUAUCAGCCAGAGAUAGCCAAAUUGUUCUCUAGUGAGCCCUGGUGGGCCCCAGAUGACUUGCUGGUGGCCAGCAAAGGGUUGCACAGCACAUGAUACUGGCUCCUGGUCCUUGGGUCAAGGCUCUUUGCCACAAACUAGAAUCUAAACACUUCUAGAGACAUCUUUAAAGAAGGAGGAGGCAGGGAAACAACAUCUGUCUUGAGAGGCUGGAGCCAGAAAUGGGAUAGGAAUGUCCAUGAGCGAGUCGGGUUGUCAGACAGUAUGUCUAGGGGUCCAGGAAGGGGCUGUAAGAAUGUGGCAGGAGCACAGGGCUGAUUGGCAGCACAAGGCAGGGAGCCAGGAGAAAGAAACCAAAGGGAUGGCAGCAAACACAGGAGGAGGGCAUGGGAGUAGGCACAUGGGCAGUGGAGCGGGAAGAACGAAAUGGGAGGUAGAGCAAAGAGCAAAGCAGAAUGUCUGAUGAACCUUUAUAAACUUAAAAAACAACCAAUAGUCUGGUAGCACUUCACAGACUGACAAAAUAUGUAGAUGGGACCACGAGCAUUCGGAUCAUGAACCUCUGAUAGUGACAAGGACUUUUACAGCUGCAUUGCUCCUGUCCCGCGUCAUCAGCUCCCUCACCGCGGGAGUCGAGUGAGGUCCUUUGGAAAGUGGCUGUGGGGACACUGCUGUCAGCCGUUGUUUCAGCACCAGUCCAAGGGCUCGCAGCAGGAAGAGGACUUGCUGCUUAGGAGUGAACAGAUGAGUCUAUGCAGCAGGUAGUGGUGUCUUGCUAAGAGGCCUCAGACUCAGACUGGGGACUGUAGCAUGGUGGCUCCCCUGCCAUUGCUUCUUGUGCAUCCCACCUCGUAUUUCUCCUUCAUCUGGGCUCCUGAAGGGCUCACCCAGCCUUCAGUGACCCUUUACGUUCAGUGUUUUAAUUUCCCCAGCUCUCCUGAGGCCGGUUACAGAGUCUGUCACAAGGACAGAACUCAGAAGUCCAAAGCAAGCCGAGUUUUUAGUUCCUCUUCCCUUCAUUGAGCUCCCACUCGCAGGCUUUGUCUGGCUAGGGCUCUGUAGCAGCCACACUUGCACCUUAUAGCUGCUCCUUCCACCAGCUUCCCCAGUUUUACCACCAGGCUUCCUGCCUCUGGCACUCACCUAUUCGCUCUACUGCAUGCUUCCCAGCAGCUUCCUGCUGCUCUUUAUAUUGGAAUCCCUGCUUCACUGCAGAUGGGGUUCAUCUUAUAAUUAGGGCUGGCUUAGCCUCAGGCUCUCCAGUCCACAGGAAAGCUGUCCUGUAGAGGGAUCCAAUAAAACCUGGAGGGCCGCUGGUGGGGAGUAUCAGGACGGCUGUGCUCCCUAGCUGGAGGCAUUGGCACCCUGAUACCCCUUUUUAGAAAAGCCACUCAAACUCAUGUACCAGCAAGGCCAGGUCCUUGGGCAGCUAGAAUAGUUUUGCCCUCUUCCGGAGCAGUCAGGAACCAUCAGACAAGGUAAGGCUUGCUUGUUUCAUCUAAGGGGGAACCUGCUUUGGAAGAUUUGCUCCACAGGCCCUGGUCCGCCAUUAUAUCAGACCAUUGGGUCCUCAAAAUUGUAACAUCAGGAUACACUAUCCCAUUUACAACAUUACCUCCUGCCUCUCCACCUUCCCUGUUCCUCUUCAGGGAUCCGUCUCAUGGAGACUUGUUCUAAGAGGCGGUCUAUCACCUCCUCACCAUCAGAGCAGUAGAGAUGGUACCGAGGAGUUCAGAGGCAGAGGCUUUUACUCCCGCUAUUUUCUCCCAGCAAAGAAGAUGGGAGGUUGGAGGCCUAUUCUAGACCUCCGCAGAUUGAAUUGAUACUGUUGAAAACAACGAUACAAAAUAGUGACCGUCCGUAAUCCCAUUGUUAGAGAAAGGAAACUGGUUUGCAGCCCUAGACCUGCAAGAUGCCUAUUUUCAUAUUACUACACAUCCUGCGCACAGAUAAAUCCUCUGCUUCCUGGUGGGAUCAGACCACUAUCAGUACCGGGUGCUGCCUUUCGGCCUCUUCUCUGCACCCAGUGUGUUCUCAAAAACACUUGCCGUGGUUGUGGCCUACGUGCGCUGACAAGCCAUUAUUAUCUUUCCUUACCUGGAUGAUUGCCUGAUAAAAGGUCCAUCUGCUGCAGAUACACUCCGUAUGAUACUAAUAACCAGACAAACAUUCAAGCUUCUUCUCAGGAAGACACCUGAGCUCUCGUGGAAUGCACCGUAACGGGUGGGGCUGGAACCCGCACUAGCUCGUAGCGCACUUUGAUACAAUCUGUGAUCCAGGAUGAAAUAUGCUGGGCCGACACUGGCUGGCCCUUCAUCCUGUCCGCUAUAGAGAUAAACAAUUGCAGGGACUCACAGAAGGGCUUGGGCCUCUCUAAAUAAAAGGCUAAAGCACAUCUAAGCUCAAGGGUGUGAAAAGCCUGUUCUGUCCUGGAGCUAUGAGGCUUAGGGUAAAAAACGGAGAAAAAUAUCCUGGUGAACAUGGACGUAAGAAACCACCGUGGGCCAAAAGGCAGGCGGGGGCGCAGCCAGACCUUACCCUUAAAAAGACUGCACAUGGGAGUUCCACCACUAGGGACCUGAGCUCUGACGCUCAUCUGACCAGAGUAACGACCACCAGGAAGGACAGCUUCCAGGAAAGGUGCAGAAGGGAACACGUAGCCAACGGCUCAGAAGGGGAGAGGGGAGGGCAUAAGCCUUGAGAGCCAGAUUUAGUUCCCAAGAGGGCAAGGGCUCGUGCACCUGAGGGUAGACCCUGUCCAAGCCCUUAAGAAACCAGUGCACCAUGGGGGUCCGAGAAAAUGGUCCUACCCCCCGAAGUGAAGUGGAAAGCUGAGACGGCUGCCAGGUACACUCGGACAGAGGAAGGAGGCAGGCCCUGAAGCCUGAGCCCCAAGAGGUAAUCCAGGACAGCUGGCGCAGGGGCCUCUCUAGGGGAGCACAGACCUGACCAGAUUACGAUGCCCUUCACCUAACAGCAUGGCUCAUUGUUGGUGGCCUUAAUGGCAAUACCACCGUAUGCCACGUUUAAUAAAUACAGCGUCAUAUUGCGCCCACACCUCUCAUAGAAUCCUAGGACUGGAAGGGACCUCGAGAGGUCAUCGAGUCCAGCCCCCCGCCCUCAAGGCAGGACCAAGCUACGUCUACACCAUCCCUAAAGCUUGUUCCUCCUAAAUGAACCCGUCAUCCUCCCCUCCUUCCACCCUAAGCCACACUCAGCUCGGCGUGAGGCUGUGCUUCGAUCCCUUGACGUGCGCAGAGCACUUGCUUUCUAUAUAGACAGAACCUGACCUUUUUGCAAAUUGGAGCAACUGCUAAUCGUGGUGGUGGAACACUCCAAAGGGGAACCUCUCUCAUUGCAACACAUUUCCAGCCUUGUAGUUUCCUGCAUAAUGAAGUGCUACGCCAUACGGACUAAACCACUUCUGGAAGCACCUGUAGCACACUCUGCGAGAGCUCCUUGGCUUUCCUUCAGGGGGUCCCCCUCAGAGACGUUUGCUGAAUGGUUACAUGGUCCACCAGUGAUACCUUUCUGAAGCAUUAGACUAUCUCUGAGUCCAGCUAAGGAUUCUUCUGUGGCCUCUGCAGUGCUAUUGACUGUGAUCAAGUCAUGAUUCCAAGGGCCGCCUUCCAUGUGCUUUUGAAUACAGCCACACAGUCACCAACAGUGGAGCACCCAUGGGGACAUCACUGGAAGAAGAGGGACUUACCUAUGCAGUAAUGACCAGGGCUCGACAAAUGCGCUCGCCCAUGGCGAGUAGAUUAUUCCAGCUGGCAAGUGCAGGGGCGGACUGGCCCGGUGGGCUGUUGUGACGGGCUGGCCAAAGCCCGCACUACAGGCGGCGUGGCCCAUCCGAUCAUCCAGCCGGCAGAGGAGCACAGCGCCACUGGGAAGAGGGAAGUGUGGUGAUUCUUCCCACCGGGCUCCCUGCGUGCAGCUCCGGCGUGAGGAGGCGGGGCGGGAUGCCAGGACGCCGGCGUGACCUGGC